AUAUAUAUAGAUAUUCUCCCUCCUAGAAUAUCAUAUAUAGGGUUUUUCAAAAGCAAAAUGGGUGAGAUAUUUGGAGAUAUGAAAAUGAAGAAAAUGGAAAGUGAUGAAUCCUCCUUUGAAAACUCCAUUAAUGCUUCAAUAGCUUCUUCAUCAGACUUGGUUGAUGAUGCUACAUCUUCUGCAUCAUCAUCGAAUGGGCCACUUUAUGAGUUAUCUGAGAUGAUGGCUCAACUACCUAUCAAGAGAGGGCUAUCAAAGCAUUACUGUGGGAAAUCACAGUCAUUCACAUCGCUAGCAAACGUGAAGAGCAUUGAAGACCUACCAAAGAAAGUAGUUCAUGUAAGAGCUAAGAUGAUAAAAUCAUGCAAGAGCUAUGGAUGGGGAUUAGAUGGUCAUCAUCACCAUAACAAGGUGUAUUAUAGCCCUAAGGCUACCAUAUCAAAGAAGGGUUCAAGUUCAACAAGGGUUUGUUUUAUGUCUUCUUCUCUAGCUACCUAGUAACCUAUAUAGUGAUUAAUAUGUGAAUUUUAUAAACCUAGCUAGCCCUUUUUGAGUAACAUACCAUUUCGAGGGGUUCUUUUUCUUUGGACUAUGGUUUCAUGGAAAUAUGAAUAUGGGAGGUUAUAUUUAAAGCAAUUAAA